ACGAGACGAACGCACCGCGCAAACACACACGCACACACAUACACAGACAGCAACAACAUGCACACAUACAGUGAAACAAACGACAGAACUGCGACUACGACAAUGUUGGAGGAGUGCUGCUGUGAAAAAUUAAACAAAAGUGUUAAAUUGGAUAUUUAAAAACACAACGAGGGCGAAAAUAAAACAUUCAACAUUUCAUCCCAACGCAGAUUCUUAAAAAAACUCGUCAACAUGGAUCGAGUCACAAAGCCGCAGAAGAAGAUGCUCAUCACGUUGCUGCGUGAGACGAAAUACAUGGAGGGCAAGAAGGAGAAGGAAUGGUAUUGGGAGAAGAUUCAAGCGGCGCUAAACACCAUUGGACCCAAGAAGACCAUAAUACAGUGGAAAAAGUGUUGGCGCGACAUGCGUCUGACGACAAGAAAAAAGCUGGCCGAACUGAAGCGCUGUCAGUUAUCUGGCGGAUCGCCGCCGCCGGGCAUUGAGCUUAACCAGGAGGACAAUGAUAUCAUCGACAUUGUGGGCACAGAAUACUUCUACGAGGAGAUGAACGGCGAACUGAAGCCGGAAAACUUUAUGACCGGCUUUGACUACGUGCCGGAGCACUUCUGCGAUGCCAUACUUACUGCUGCUGCGGGUCAGCAGCAACAGCACAUGCAGCACCCCAAGGAUCCGCAGUCUCAUAGUGGCCAACAACCGCAGGAUCAUCACACGAACGAUGGCGAGACAAACGAUGCGCCUGGUUCCUCAAACGGCGGCUCCUAUCAGGGCCAGAAUGUGACCCAGUUGCAGACGCAUAACGGUGGCGGUGGGGAGCAUGGCAACGGCAACGGCUCACAGUCGCAUCCGGGAAUGCCACAGCAUCCAGCAUUUCAUGGUGGUCUGCAUCCGCAUCUCCUGCGGCGCCAGCACACAAACGCCGCGUUACAACGAGAGACGCCUUUUGAAGAAAAGCUGCUCCAGUUUAUGCAAGAUGCGUUUCCCAAGAAGAGUAAAAAGCGCAAGCAACGUGAUCCGGACAAGCUUUUUUUGCUGUCGCUUUAUGAGGAGAUCAAACGAGUUCCAGAGGAGAUACGACUGGACGUGAAGUCAGAGCUGAUGCAGAUUUUAAAGAAAUAUCAGAAGAAGUCACCCGUCAAGGCGGAGAAGUCAUCAGCGUCCACGUCUUCUGCCUCCAAGCAGAGCAGCAAUAGCAGCAGCAGUUCGGCUGCGGCCCAUCUUUCUCAUAGUAUGUACCAAUUACAGAAGAAAUAUGAGAAGGGAGAAAAGGAGCCGUCGCCGCAGUCACAGGUGGAUCCUGUUCCGCUUCACGCACCUCAGCAGCUACCGCUGUUCCAGCUGCAGAAGAAGUACGAAGAAAGCGCCGAGAAGGUGCAUCAACAGCAAAGCGAGCAGCGCAAACUCGAGGCUGCCCACCAGCAGCAACAUGCCGCCCAUCAGCAGCCUCCUCCGCCGCCCAAUGAGCAGCAUCUGCAUCAUCCGCAGAUGGCGCACAACAUCAUGUUCCCGCUGGCUCAGUUACGCAAUGAGCAACCGCCGGCGCAGCAACAUCACGCCCAUAAUCCACAUCAGCAGCAACAGCAUCCCCACCAGCAACAACAGCAGCAGUCCCAGCAGCAUCACCCGCCAACGAUCUUUGGCUCAGCGGCAAGUGCAGCCGCUAUGAGCACGGAUCGUCCAGCGAUGUCCUACGAGAAUGUCGGGUGAAUGUUGAGCCGUCUGUGGGAAGCCACUUGUGGAGCGCGCCCUUCGACGGUGUCCCCCACGACGGCAGACGCGCACAACUGUUAGCAACAUGCAACAUGCAACAAGCAACCAGCGACUAACAGCUUGCAACCAGCAACUGUUAGCCACCAAACCCAGCUCAUUGCGUCGGAUCAGGCUCGAUGAUAUCGUCGACCACUGUCGCCCAUUAAUCUGUCGGAACUGUGUGCAAAAUUGUUUCAAACAUUAGGUUUUACUCGUACUUCUAAUCCUUAUGCUAGUUUAUCAAGUAGCCAUGAAAUGAUCUUCAUGUAAAUGCCAACGGAACAAUCCAAAGGCGACAAAAUCAUCAAUAAUUAUGUAUUAAAACUAUACAUAAUUUAUUUAAUAAAAUAAAUAUGGAAAUUGUGACUUUAUUUUCA